CCUGUGGGUUGGACACGAGGAACAAGACCUUUGCCCAAAAUUAAAAACAGCCAUCAGGCGCCUGUUAUCUUCUCCGAUCGACGCUCAUUGCCCGUGAGUUGAUCGCUGCGGAAAUCAGGUACAGCAAUGAGGUACGGCGAUCCCUACAGUUGAGAAGGAAAAGGCUAAAACCAUGCCUAGUUAUAUUUCACGAGAGUCUUCUCGAAAUAGGGUAUUGAGCUUCGUCUGGGUGAGAAAUGCAUGCUCUUCAAGGAACGACGCAUAUCAGCAACUUGUCGCCAUAAGAAGAUUUACCGAGCCUUUCGUGACCGCAAACCUGGCCAGGUAUAUUUUCAGAGAGAUUAAACUGUUAAGGUCUUUGAAGCAUUCAAAUGUUGCGAACUUGGUCGAUAUAUCGGUCUCCCCAUCAGGAGAGGUAUAUAUUGUCACCGAAUUGAUGGAAACGGAUCUUCAGACACUUCUGAGAACGAGGCCAGUCCAUGGAGAGUUUUCUCAGUACUUUCUGUAUCAGAUAAUGCGUGGACUGAAAUAUAUUCAUUCGGCAGGAAUAGUCCACUGCGACCUAAAACCAAGCAACAUCUUGGUAAAUAGAAACUGCGACCUCAAGAUAAACAACAUUGCACAUUCAAGAUCCGCGGAGCCUUCGACGGGCGGCUACGUCUCCGCUCUCUACUACAGGGCUCCAGAAGCCAUCCUGAAGUGGCAGAGCUGUGAUGAAUUUAUGGACAUUUGGAGUGCGGGCUGUAUCUUGGCCGAGUUAUUGCGUGGAAAGAUCCUUUUCGGGGGUCAGAAUUCUAUCCACCAACUCCAUAACAUUACAAAGUUGUUAGGGACACCGUCAGAGAUCGCGAUUAACAGGAUGACCGGCAGAGACACUUCUGACACCGUUAGACUACUCCCAAAAAGUCAAGGCCACCCGCUGUCCGACAUAAUUACGGACGUCGAUCCAGAAGCCAUUUAUCUAUUAGAGAAGCUGCUUGUAUUCGACCCUCAAGGGCGAGUAUCAGCAUCCGAAGCUUUAGCCUUCGCCUACCUAGCGCCUUACCAUGACCCGGCCGACGAACCGGAGGCUGAACGGAAAUUCAAUUGGACAUUAGGCAGAGGCAACGAUACCGUUGAAGUUUGGAAGACUAGAUUGCAUGCAGAGGUACUCGAUCAUCGCGGACAAGCAGAGUCGCAGCAGAAUGUCCAGCGAUGGCUUCUGGAUGUGACGCAGAAAAGUCCCACGGUAAGUGGCCAGCACGGCCCGGGGACAACUCAGGUCCCAAUCAAAGGAAGUCAGCAAUCAAGGGGCACUGUAUGUGAUCUAGUCGAUCGAUUCCUUAGAGAAUAGGUCAAAUAGAAUAAAAAGUAGUCCAG